AUGCUUCCUCCUACCGUCAUUCGAAGCUGCCCGUCGGCAGACAAUGACUUUCAGCCUCUCAGUGAAUAUCAGACACAUACCCCGGAGACCUUUUUCGACGGGAAGCCAAUCUUGUAUUUUCACGAUGAGAAUGUCAAGGCGUGGAUCUCUGCAGAGAAAUACGAAGAUCUCUUCUUCUUCUCAAAACCUUCCGCUGAUGAUGAUACAUCCUUAAACCCUACCCCCCCAGAGUCCUACGCACUGGAAAACAAUGGGGGAAGUCAUUUCCACGAGGAGAGAGUCGAGGCUUUUGUUGCGUCCAGCAAGUUAAUUCUCUUCUCGCACAAGACCAAAACGGGUAUUGAGAUACCUUACCCGUCCAUCACACUCCAUGCAAUCAAGAAUUUCCGUCAUGUUGAGAAACCUGAUGACGAUUCAUUCAAGUUCGCUGGGGUUUACAUGCAGCUUGAGUUUUCAAGAGAGGGUGGAGACGAUGAUGAAUUCUCUGACCCUAUUGAGCUCACUCUCGUCCCCUCCAAGGCCUUGCCAAAAGAGCAGCCCUCUACAGAGGCGCUGAUCGUUGACCCUCUCAAUAACGAGAGGACCAACGCAUUAUUUAACCAGAUAUCGGCGUGCUCUAACCUACAUCCUGAUCCCCAAAACGAGGGAGAGGAAGAUGAGGAGGGAGACGAGUUCGACCGAGUCAUCUUUGAAGGAAAUGUUGAAGGAGAUGCUGUGGAUGGACUACCUGGUGUGCUCCGAGGUGAUGCUAAUGGUGGCCUACCACCUCCGAUGCCGGGAAGCAGUGGUUGGAUUACUGCCGACAACGUGAAUGAAUAUUUCGACGAGGACGGCAACUGGAUCGGAGAAACUGGCGUGAGUGGGGAGCUAGGAGAUGGUGCGGGCCGGGUUCGAGGACGCGAUGAGGUGGAAGAAGAUGGCCCAAAUGGGCAAGAUAACGGCGACGAUGCGGAUGCAAAACGGCCGCGAACGGAAUAA